CGACUAUUAGAUUACUCCUCACUUUGAAAAACGGGCUCUCGGUGUUCACUGUCAGGUCGUCCUCUCAGGACCCGCGCUCGGUCCUCAAGCUCUCGCACCGAAAUAGUAAUUACGGCCCAAGAAAUUGUGCAGCGGUUGAACCCCUUUUCACAACGGCUGAAGUCGGUUGAAUAGCAUCCAAGCACAGAUAUUCGAAAAACUCCGGGCAGCUCACUACUCAGUACUCAGGCCCUACUUAAAGCGGCAGGAAGAUGCAUAUAUAGAUGGAGCUCUGCGCGCAGAAUCUAGACCCGUUUUAUCCGGGGAGUUGUAGACUUAGAUCUGGAUGGGAUGGUAUCAUGCUACGGAUAAUCUGCUUGACAUUUAUGCAGGGUUCUCAUGAAACUGACUAUGUACAUAGGAUCCUGUCAGAUAUAAAGAUACCAACUCCAAUCCUUGCAUUUCACUCUCGACCACUCUUUGCUAAAUCUGCUACAAUCAUGAACUACGUAUCCACAGCGGUAACUCCAGCUAUAUCUCCCUUCGACCAUCUGGGUCUUACCGAUGUUACCGCCAAACUCGAAGAUAGCAUUCUUAUCGUCACGCUGAACAGGUCGCGCAAGUUGAACGGUUUUUCGGAAAAAAUGAGCGUUGACCUGGUCCGCGUCUUCCAAUUUGGAGAUCAAGAUGAUCGUGUGCGCGUCAUCGUGCUGACUGCAGACCCUGCAGCCCCUGCGUUUUGCGCGGGAGUUGACAUGGAGGAGGUGGCGAGAGGAUCGUCACUACUUGGACGUAAAGAGGACUCUGAGACUGAACAUCGAGAUCCAGGAGGACAGGUAGCCAUGGCUAUAUAUAACAAUCGCAAAAUCACCAUCGUAGCGGUGAAUGGCCACGCUUCCGGAGCUGGCCUCACAGCGUUGCAGCUCCCGUUUGACUUUCGGUUCAUCUGGUCAGGUUCAAAGAUAACUAUGCCAUUUGUACGCCUCGGAAUCGCUCCGGAAUCGACGUCUACUUACCUCUUGUCUCGGCUCAUCGGAGAGGCUCGCGCUGCUGCCGUCCUAUUCAGUGGUGCUGUGAUGCAGCCUGAUUCGCCUGUUAUUUCCAAUCUUUACUACCAAGUUCUCCCAAAUAGAACAGAUGUACUACCUGCAGCCCUCAUUCUAGCAAGGAAUAUCUCUACCAAUUCUUCUCAGACAUCUAUAUCCUACAGCAAGGGACUGUUGCACCAUCCUGGGGCAAGCAUCGAAGAACAUCAUUUACUUGAUUCUAGAGCCAUGAAGAUAUUGGGAUCAGGCAACGAUGCAGCAGAAGGGGCAAAAGCCUUCAUGCAACGAAGAAAGCCCAAUUUUCCUGACACACUGACCAAGAGCCUUUCUCCUUGGUAUCCCUGGUGGAAAAUUACCGAUGUCAGGCACCCAAAGUCGUCCAAGCUUUGAUUUUUUCAAUCUGUAUACAUUGAAAUGUACUAUGUAUAAGCCUGUGAGUGAAGCACAGGUACUGUUGUGGUAGGAAAUGCCGAAGCUGGCAAUACAUUGUCCUAAUCGGUUGAGUCGAGACAUUUUUGCGCAGAGUAUUGUUCAACGCGUUGCGGCGUAUAUGUACAAGUCCUACGAUCGUAAUAUGCGGGAGUUACAUACAAUCAUAAUUCUCAGUAAUAUUGUCAAUGACGACGCGUGACGAUCGAUUCA